UCCCCGCGCCGCGCACGUCCCCGUCCCGCGCCUCCGCCCCCUCGCCCGCUCGCUCCUUCCCGCCCUCCCCGCCUCGCCGGCCGAGCCGGCUUCCCCUCGGUCUCUCAUGAAUAUUGAGCGGCCCCUGUUGUAUUUCCCGAGCUCCAUUGCGGAAGCCGAGACUCGCCAUAUUGUGCGGCGGCGCCGGCGGCCGCGGCGGUUUGUACCCGAGUCUCGCUCCGGCCGCGGCCAGCGGAGCCCGGGGCUGGGGCAGGAGCCGCAAUGUCUCAGGCUGUGCAGACAAAUGGAACUCAGCCAUUAAGCAAAACAUGGGAACUCAGUUUAUAUGAAUUACAACGAACACCUCAGGAGGCAAUAACGGAUGGUUUAGAAAUUGUGGUUUCACCUCGAAGUCUACACAGUGAAUUAAUGUGCCCAAUUUGCUUGGAUAUGUUGAAGAAUACCAUGACUACAAAAGAGUGUUUACAUCGUUUUUGUGCAGACUGCAUUAUCACAGCCCUCAGAAGUGGCAAUAAAGAAUGCCCUACCUGUCGGAAAAAGCUAGUUUCCAAAAGAUCACUAAGACCAGACCCAAACUUUGAUGCACUCAUCAGCAAAAUUUAUCCAAGUCGUGAUGAGUAUGAAGCUCAUCAAGAAAGAGUAUUAGCCAGGAUCGGCAAGCACAAUAAUCAGCAAGCGCUCAGUCACAGCAUUGAGGAAGGACUGAAGAUACAGGCCAUGAACAGAUUACAGCGAGGCAAGAAACAACAGAUUGAAAAUGGUAGUGGAGCAGAAGACAAUGGAGACAGUUCUUACUGUAGUAAUGCAUCCACACAUAGCAAUCAGGAGGCAGGACCUAGUAACAAACGUACCAAAACAUCUGAUGAUUCCGGGCUUGAGCUUGAUAAUAACAAUGCAACAGUGGCAAUUGAUCCAGUAAUGGAUGGCGCUAGUGAAAUUGAAUUAGUAUUCAGGCCUCAUCCCACACUUAUGGAGAAAGAUGACAGUGCACAGACAAGAUAUAUAAAGACUUCAGGUAAUGCCACUGUUGAUCACUUAUCCAAGUAUCUGGCUGUGAGGUUAGCUUUAGAAGAACUUCGAAGCAAAGGAGAAUCAAACCAGAUGAACCUUGAUACAGCCAGUGAGAAGCAGUAUACCAUUUACAUAGCAACAGCCAGUGGCCAGUUCACUGUGUUAAAUGGCUCUUUUUCUUUGGAAUUGGUCAGUGAGAAAUACUGGAAGGUGAACAAACCCAUGGAACUUUAUUACGCACCCACAAAGGAGCACAAAUGAGCUUUUACUAAAAUCAAUUCUGAGAAUGAACUUUUUUAUAGCCUAUUUCUUUAAUAUUAAAGAUGUACCGUCAUUACUUUUAUGGACAGAACAUUGGAUAUGUUGUUCAGUUUUCUUUCUGAGCCAGAUUCUUUUACACUAUUAGAAUCUUUUCCCCUUAAUUUAAGG